AUGGCCAGGGUUGAAGAAGACGCGAGCAGCACGGCAUCUUCCGGUAGGCGGCGCAGUUCAGCCGAUGACACUACCUUGGCAGAAUUCCAACGAAGACAAGAAAGAAAGAAGGUGAGAAAGAGCCAUGAAAGAGGACCCGAAAAAGAACCAGAGAAGGAACGUAUGAUCCUCGAUUGUUCACAGCCUAAUCUAAGAAAACUAGACAAGGCAAAUCCCGCAACAGAGAAGGAGGAUUUGCCUCCUCCUCGAAAUACCACAGCAUCCAAGAAGCACUUGGAGGAUCAGAAAUUGGCCAAAAUUGAGGCUAAACUCAAAAAGCUACGGGAUGACAAUGAUCAAAACCAAAUGAUGGAAAGAUAUGUUCUCGAGGAAACAAGGCGUCACUAUCUCCUCGGGAAGCCUGACCCAACUGAACAAGAGUUGGUUUACUUGAUCGACAAGAAGGAAGCCCGCCGCACCAUAGCCCUUCUUGAAAAGAAAUAA